AUGGGAGUUUAUGUUGCUUACGUUUACGUAAUAGAAUUUCAGAAAAGAGGACUUCCGCAUGCGCAUAUGUUGAUUUGGUUAGAAGAAUCAGACAAAAUAUUGGACCCUGCAGCAAUCGACCGUUUAAUUUCAGCAGAAUUUCCCGACCCUAUCGCGCAUGCCAACUUGCACGAAUUGGUCAAAGUACAUAUGCUUCAUGGACCUUGUACCAGUGCUCGAUGCUUAGAUGAAGAAGGACAUUGCAGCAAACAAUUCCCGAAAUCUUUGCGUGAAGAUACCUUAUACAAUCCCUCUGGAUAUCCGUUAUAUAAAAGACGGCCAAUAGAAACACCUAUACAUAUAGGUCGAAGAACGGUAGAUAAUAGUUGGGUUGUACCAUAUAACGCUUAUCUACUUGAAAAAUACGAAGCUCACAUUAACGUGGAGGCUUGCUCUUCAAUGAAAAGCGUAAAAUAUUUACUUAAAUAUAUAUACAAAGGAUUUGAUAGAGCUCAAAUUGUCGUACGAACCGUGGAAGAAGACGGUCAAACAACAACUAUCCAGGAACCUAUGUACAACGAAAUUCAAAUGUUUCUGGACGUUCGCUAUGUUAGCGCGCCUGAGGCGAUGUGGAGGAUUUAUACAUUCGAAAUGCACGAUAUGUCUCAUGCUAUUAUUAAACUCUUUGUACAUCUUCCGAAUAUGCAACAAGUCUAUUUUAAUACAAAUAGUACCAUUCCUGACGUCGUAGAAAGGGCCGCAACACAACACACUACGUUAACAGGAUGGUUCGCCUUAAAUACCCAAGAUGAAGAAGCUAGACAAUACACAUACGUACAGAUACCUUAUAACUAUGUGUGGAAAAUAACACAAACAAGAAUCUGGGUAGAACGUCAACGUCAUUUUAAUCGUAUAAUUCCUAGAUUAUAUUUUGUACAUCCUAGAGAAGGUGAAAGAUUUUAUCUUCGUCAACGUCUUUUGCAUAAAACAGGAUGUAGAUCAUUCGAAGACAUUAGUACUGUACAUGGCCGUACGUACGAAACGUUCCGUGACGCUGCUAUUGCGAUGAACCUUCUCACGGACGAUAGUAUUUGGUUCACCAUGUUGCAAGAAGCUAUACACGUACAACUUCCACGAGCUCUUCGUCGUAUGUUUUCACAGAUGUUGCUGUUUUGUGAAAUCGAAAAUCCAUUAGCAUUGUGGGAACAAUUUAAAUAUCAUUUAUCUGAAGAUUAUAUACGACGCUUAAAUGAUAACGACCUAGCCUACAACUAUGCCUUGGCUUACAUCAAUCGAUACCUAGCACUACAAGGUUAA